UUAAACACACAAUAAACAAUUAAAUUAACGCUGGUGUUGCUUGAAACCGUUUACUGACAGACGUCACUCACUUUCAAAGCCCGCCACCACGAGCCACUGGCGCCCCCUACGUCAGCUUGCGUAAAAACUUCCGGCUAAUCAAAUAAGGAGAUAAGCGCUGUCAUUGCUGCAGUCACCUCAAAUUAUCAAAUAUUUGGUGGUUUUAUUAAGAAGCACGAGGGUCUUGACUCUUUGUGAUUGAUUAAUGGGUAAAUGGAUGAGUAGUUCUUAACCUCACGACGCUGUUUACGUCUUUAUAUCUGCAAUAAUGCUCACUUUCGCUUUAACGCUAGUCCGACAUGGUGAGACCCAGUGCAACAAAGAUGGGCUUUUACAAGAUUUAAUUGUCCCAAAAACAUGGGGUGCUUUGGCUUUAGGUCAGAAGAUAGACGCUCCUCUUUCUGAAAUUGGGAUACGGCAGUCUGAAGCUGCUGGCCAGUAUCUUAGAGAUGUUAACUUUACCAAUGUGUUUGUGAGUGACAUGAAGCGUGCUAAACAGACUGCAGAGAUUAUUGUGAAGAAUAACAGAACCUGCCAUGAUAUUGAAUUAGUAACUGAUCCAUCACUUAAAGAGAGAUGUUUUGGUAUAGCUGAGGGAGGUCAAGUCAAAGAAAUGAAAAACAUGGCUAAAACAGCAGGAUGGUCUUUACCGGAGUUCACUCCUCCUGAAGGAGAGACUAUUGAACAGGUGAAGGCACGUAUUAAGGAUUUUCUUAAGGCUUUGUUCCAGCGAAUAGCUAAUGACCACCGAGACAAAAAUCAAGUUUCUGAAGCACCUGUUCUUAAAACUGAAGAGGUUCUUGCAGGACUCCCCAAUGAUGGAGUUUUAAAUGUGCCUGUCCAUGCUUUGGUGGUUGGACAGGGGGCUUAUAUGAGCAUACUUAUGCUGUAUGUCUUUGGGGACCUAAAGUGCCCUAUGCCCCAUGGUUCAGACCCAGCUCAAAGGUUUUCCAUCUGUCCAAACACAGGAAUGUGUCGAUUUAUUAUAACUUUGAAAUGUAGUAAUGCAGAUCUUACACUUUCAAACAUACAAUGUGUGUUCAUCAACAGAAGAGAGCACAUAAAGUAACAACAGAAGUCCGUAUACAAGAUAGCAGAAUGUUUACAUGUUUUGUGUAAAUAUAUGGCACUUUAGUUUUAUUCAGUAAUGUCUCUGGAUGCCAAAAUAUUAACAUUUAUGUUCAUAGGCAUUGUGAAGAGGUGACCAUUACAAUUAGUUGAAGUAAGUCUACAAACUAUAAUAAAUGUGUUAUUAGUAUUGAGACACUGAUAGUGGUAAGAGUGUCCUGACAUGUACUGAACUUGUGGUUGGUAAGGUGAAAAGAGCACAGAACAGUCAAUAAUACAGACAGCCAAAUUCAGUUGUAAUGGAACUUAGUGUUUUUAUGAAUAAAGGUUAAAUUGCAUUAAUUGUUUAAGACAACUAAUGAAUUGAGGAUCUGGAGGGAAGUAUUUAGUAUCUGGACCAUUUCAAAUGAUAUAAUCACUUAAAACAAACACCAAGCAUGUUGUCCAACUGGAAUCAGUCCAAAUCAAAUAACAAAAUCAGUUUAAACAUAUUAUGUCAAUCUAUCUUUAUUUCACCAUAGUACUCAACGUUUUCAUCAUCAUGAAAUGAGCAGAAACAUAUUGUGUUCAUAUUGUAAUGUAAGAAAGGAAGCAUUUAUCACCCUGUUUUGAAAUACAUUAUGUACUGGUGAUUACACUUUUAUGAAUUACUGUGUAAUGUAAUAAAAUGUACAAAUAUUUCAAGGGUAAAUAUUAUUUGAUGCAUUUGCCUGUGCUCAGAGUUGAGCGAAUACAUUUGAUAAAUUGAUAUUUUUUAGAUUAU